AACAAGGGCAAUUUUCUUUUAACAUGUACAAUGUAGGGGUAGGCGAUGAAAAAAUUUUAGCCUGGUACUGUUAUGAGUUAUGACUUGAUUUGGACACAACUUGCUCACUUUGUGUGUGGUUUAUCGGUGGAGAAGAUGUGCAGUGGAACCAAAACCCCAGAGGCAAUAGCUGAAGACGUUGGGGCUAUGAUGAGUCGCAUAAGGCUCACGGAGGACGCUGAUGGUAUUCUUCCUUUCCAUGAGGCCUGGAAGCAUGGUGACCAGAUGGGGAAGCUCUGCCUUGUCGAUAAGGUUCACAUCUUCGAUGUCCCUAUUGGCCUUCAUACAAACAAAAUUGGGCGUAUAAUUGGUAAUUCUUUAGGCAAAAUGCUGGAGGUAGAUGAUGGUUUCCGCAAAGCUAUUCAGGUUGAAUUAGAGAAUUUAUGGUGUCCAGAUAAUAUUGAUGAACUUGACGUGGCCUUCUCAGACAACUCUUGGCCCUUAUUCAAUGAAAAAGACAAGUAUGUUGAGGUGAAUUCUAGGCCUAAUCACCUACUUGAUGAUAGUACUGGGCAAAACAAUCCCAUUAAUAUAGAACACAAUGGUGGUAGCUGUGCAGAUGAGGGGCCUAAGGAAGGUGGUAAAGGUCAAGUUGAGAAAGGGAACCGACUUAUGCUUGAUCUAGUAACUGGUGCUCUAGUAACUGAUGCUCUAGAUACUUUAGGGGUGGACACUGUGCUUGAAGUCCUUUUAAGCCAAGAAUUUGGUUCUAUCAGAGGUGAGAAUAGGAAAAGGGGUGGCUUAGGCAGUGGCAAAUGGAAGAGGUUAGAUCGCAAUUUUGAAAACUCCUCUAGCAAAUAUAGGGACAAGCAUGGAGUGAGGACCAUAACCUGUCUCCAGGAUGAGUUCUCUAGUUUGUGGGACGACAUUCAGCGGAAUAGGGACUGUGGUGCUGAAAAAUCCUUGAUCUCCCCGCAAAAUUGGUUUAACAGGUGUGAAUGUCCAGCAGCUCUUGAUGUUCAUAGUGAUUUUCUUUCUACUUUGGUAGUCCUAUUUUACCCAUACAGUGAUUGUUUAAGGCAAUCUCUAGGAAGACGUGCAAUUUUCAUGAAAGUGAAUUCUGCUUUUGCUUGGUUGCCAUUUGCAACCGCCAACCAGGUGGUUGGAAGAAUGAUACCCUAUGAUGUCAUCGCAGAUGACGAUAAACUAAUCACUGACACGGGAAGCAAAAUGACCCCACUUUUACGGGUGAUUGAUGUUGCCGCAAAGGGCACGGCACGUCUGGAUGUCAUGAUAAUUGAUGAGAAUAACAACUUGACAACCCAGAGGGAAGGAAAGGUUGCGACGAGAAUUCGUGAAGGUCGGCAACCGACCUGGAUUUAGUGGCAUCAGAUGUGGACAUAUCGUAUAUGACUUCUGGUUCAUGGAGAAAUCCCCCGCUAGAAGUUAACAAUUGUAGCCGUCUGCAAGACGUUUCUCUGAGCUUACUAAACGGUAAGUACACAU